UUUUGCCUGAAGGUGGCAAACUUUCUCUCAGGAAUCUCCUUCUGUACGAGGGUGAAUGUGCGCUGGGUCGGCCAAAAAUAUCCCGAGCCUGUAGUGGGUCUGGAAUGGGCAGACCAAAGCCCUGUAAUGUCAUAAACUAAUCAAAUUUCACCACUGGGCAAUGAGAGACCCAGAGCUCCUCAGAGGCCACUGCUAGAGCACCCCUAGGUAGGGCCUCAUCUCAAUCUCUCCCCCACUGUUGCCUCCCCUGUAGUUUAUCAGAAGUCUUGUUUUUUCCCUUCCUCCCACCAUGUACCAGCCUGUUUGCAUAGCCACUUCCAUUCUCUCCAAUCUCUGUUCAGCAAUCUAAAGUCCUUCAGUAUGUGUAAUUAUGCACGUAGGGAGUUAGACAGAGCUAGUAUGUGGGACAAGAAAUCUUUAUGAAAAGGGGUUACUGUACAUGUACAAGGGCUACCUUCCAAAUCCAAACCUCCACCCUGCGUCAUUUUCUCUUCCCUAAACACCCAAAGCAGUAGAUUGUUCUCUACUGCCCACUUUGCAACCCUCCUUCUGCCAGCUAUGGACAUCUUCCACCUCCCUGAAAGCAUCCCAAUCAUUUCAUUGCUGCUUCAGGUCUGUAGAAGUGCUGAGUCCUUCAGCUAAAAGGGGGCUGCUGUCUUCAACCCUGGCCAGGCGUACUGGGAAAAAGGCACCUCGCCAUUACUGUAUUGUUAGGGGGUCAAAAACGCCGGCUGAACUGCCAGGUAUCAAGCGAAACAUAGCUCCGCUAUUAGUUUAUUCAGAUGACAGAAGUGUCUGCAGGCCUCGCUGUGCAAAUACGCAGUUAGGCACCAUCUCUGCCCUGAAGAGCUCACAGUGUAAUUGGACAAUGCAGGGGGAGAGGGAGAAAGAGAAAAUAAGUUGCCCAAGGUCAAAUGGCAGGUUAGCAGCAGAGCUGGAAGUAGAACUCACGCCUCCUGCCUGCCAAGUCAGAGCCAUUCAGGCCAGCUGUACCAGCCCAAUCAGCAAUUCCAAAGCCAGAAGGGACUAUUGUGAUCAUAUAGUCUGACCUUCUGUAUAGCACAGGCCAGAGAACUUCCCCAAAUUCCUAGAGCACAACCAUCUAUCACGAGCCCAUUGGAACAUCAGUGAAAAGCAGCAGCUCAGAAAGUGGCAUUGGGGGAGCCAGGGGGAAGCAGCUAAACUGGUAAAAAGAAAAGAAUUAGCCAUGCUGCUAGCAGCUGGCUGAGACCAGGUUCACUGAGAUUCAGCCCAGAAAGAGACACAAACUGCAGACUAAGCAGAUUUCUUUGAAGGGGGAGAUGGGGAAAAGGACUCUGUUGGCAAUGCUAGUAAGAUCUAUGUUUGUGCUGCUCAGUAAUUAGCAUCUUUGCUUCCUCACCAACUGGAGCAUUAGUUAAAGGAAAACAGGCACUUGCUUUGAUCAGCAGUUAAAUCAGAAUGUUUUCCCAGCGUGAAAUAGCGCCUAGAUAUCACAGGAGAUAGACAGCCUGUAUUGUAUAUUAGAAAAUAAAGAGGGAUUUCACUCAGAGGAGGAGGCCACUGUGAAAGUGACAUUCUUCACGACACUACAGGCAGCCCUAUCAUACAGUGUUUAAGGAGGACCCCCCAGCAGGGCAAAAGGAGGGGGUCACAUAUCCUUGCUCCCCAGUGGUUUCAGCUGUGCAUUCAGCCCUGUUUGGCACAUAAGAAACCACCCCAGGUCUCACGUUAAGUAGGCAGAGGGCACUGGGGAAUGGCGUACAUCCUGGGAACCUGGUGGAGCUACCUGGAAAUCCAAUCCUGGAGCAAGCUCUGGCAUUUUUCUUACAGAAACCUGGGAAGAAGGACCAAGAGGCAGGCUCCAUUAUCCGCCUGCCUCUACCUGUCCCAGGCUCCUCAGACAAUGUCUCUAACAACAUGCUUCUUGUCUCCUCCACAGUAAGGCAUUUUAAUUCAGGCACCUGAUGAUACGCAUCCCCUCCCCAGCUGGCCCCCUUCAUCCAGAACAGAGACUGCCACAGGAGUUGCUUUGAAGUGAACCUUCUGUUUGCUGAUGAAUAGGAACCUUUUUUCCCCUUUCUGAGGGGUCCAGCUGGCAAGCUGGGAUGCAGAGCUGCUGUAAACUUAUCUCUCCUGCCUCUGACAGUAUAAGUAUGCAGGUGGCCUGCAGCCUCUGGAAGGCAUGCUCUCAUCUACCAGAUCCGUCUCUCUCUUGCACACAACACAUACAAGCCGAGCACCUGGUACUGUAAACCCUCUGAUUUCCUACGGAGAGCUUUCAGGAUCAGGGCAGUUUUCCAUGGAAGUCAAAGCAGUUGCUCAGAGCAGUCUGGGCAUGACCCCAACUCUAUUGCACAAUCUUGAUCAGCUUUGAGACUUAGUAUGUUUUGAAGGUGAUCCUGAUAUACUGAUAGCUUUCAUCAUGGACAGAGUGGUAGAGAUGGGGUGGUUGGGAGGGCAUGUGCCCUUUACUCCCCCUACCAAAGGUCUGUGGAUCUUUCUUGGUGGCAGCUGUCGAUCGAGACCCUGCAGGACCCAUGCAAUCAAUCUAGCUGGAGCCUGCAGAACAGCAGCCUAGAUUCAGCCUUUGGAAUUCAUUCUCACAGGGGGUCAGUGAGUCAUCUACUUAGGUUCCAUUUCAAAAGGGUCUGGGAGGCUUGAUGCAAACUGAGUGCCCUGAUACAGAUGGUUAACUGUUAUGCGUCCAGGGUAGGAAUCCUCCCACACAGCACAGCAUUCCCCAGUUGCCCAAGUGUGUUUUUUAUCUCCAUUGGAAACAUGAGGGAUUGGCCAGUGGCUGCUGGCUUCCGUGGGCUCAUGUGCAGACACGUCACAGCUAAUCCUGAUUUGUUCUGAUCACUCCCAAGAGAGGCUUAGGGAAGAAAAAGAUACUGGAGAGGCUGAGAAGUUCAAUUUGGAGGGUGUCCAGACUGAGGCCUAGUUUCAGCCCAUUAUAGUUGUAGGAGCCAAGCACGGAUUUCAAUGUUGGAUCUGACUGAACUCCUCCCACUUUUGAGUGUGUUUCUAUCCAGGGAUUUGGCCUGGGCCUUUCUUUGGUUUUCUUUAUUAAAAAAAAAACAACCCAAAACAACCCAACAGGAACAUGAGUCUUUUUCAAAUUGCAAAGGAGUAAAGAAAAUAAUCCAGUAGGUUGGGAACUGAUGACUACAAGAGACUAUUGUUUGCAGAGGAAUUCUCCUUGCUCAGAGAGGGCAGCCCCAAUGAGCAGGCGACAACUGACUUCCUGCCAUAAACUGAUCUGCUGACGGGUGACCUCUGACCUCAAGGGGAACAGCAGGUAGUUUAAAGAAAGGAACCCCAAAGCUGCCCCCCCCCACUCCCCAGUGACCUCCCAUUCUGCUCUGGGACAUGUUACCGUGGUGUCUUUGGGAGCCAUGUCAAGUCAGAGGGCUGGUACGGAGGGCCAGAACUACCCAAGCUUGGAUCUCCUGGUGCCAUGCCAGGAAGCUUAUGUUUCUGGAAGGGGGUGGGAUUCCCUUCGGCAAAUGUGAAUAAACCCAAUUUCCCCCGGGUGGUUCUCCUGGACCGAAAGUGACUGCCGUGAGCGGUGUGGUUCCAAAGAGACUGGAUAUCCAACCUGUAGGUGGAGCCACGCCCACCUGCUGCUGCUGUCCCUUCUCAGGGGGGCAGAGUCAGGGAGAUGAUCCCUCACCACUUGCCUCACCUUUCAGGCCUGAAGACAGAAUGAAGGGAGGGCCUAGGAAAGUCAGACUUCCAGCUCACUGCACCCAGCAGCUGGCAUGGGGCUUCCAUUUCACUGCCACACAUCUCUCCAGAGCAUGCGGCAGCCUGCUGCAGCAAGAGUCACUGCCGUUGGUGCCUGGAGGGAUGUCCCGAAAUGCCGGGAGCCAUGGCCUGAGCAGAGAAAGCAGCAUGGACAGAGGGAAGCCAUCUAAAUAUUCUUCUGAGCCUGGCAAGGCUAAACCCACCAAGGAACAGGCCAGCUCAUGCCCCCACUCACUGAUGUCAAUAGUGAAGGCGGACCCCAGGUUCGGGAAGCUCUUUAGAUUCCACGUCCCAGUGCUGAUGUGGGCACGACACUUCACCAAGGAGACGCGGGACAGGCUGAAGGAGCGCAGCGUCCCGUAUGGCUGGCAGGGCUUGUCUGACACAGCCAUUGCUUCCACCUUGCAUCUGCUCAAUGACUCUGCCAACAGCUGGCUGUUCGACAAAACCAGGUUCCCUGAAGGCUGCGUCCGCUGCGCCGUGGUUGGGAAUGGAGGGAUUCUCAAUGGAUCCCGGCAAGGCAAGGAGAUAGAUGCCCAUGACUUUGUUUUCAGGCUAAAUGGGGCUGUGAUCAAAGGCUUUGAAGACGACGUCGGUACCAAGACAUCGUUCUAUGGUUUCACGGUGAACACAAUGAAGAAUUCCCUGAUUGCCUACGGAGAGUACGGAUUCACCCAGAUACCCCAGUCCAAGGACCUGCAGUAUAUUUUCAUCCCCUCGGACAUACGCGAUUACGUCAUGCUGAAGUCAGCCAUCCUGGGCAGCCGUGUCCAAGAGGGUUAUGACAAAGGUGAUGACCCACGGACGUAUUUUGGACCAGAGGCAUCUGCAAAAAAGUUCAAGCUGCUGCACUCAGAUUUCAUACAUUAUCUAACAGUGAGAUUUCUGAGAUCUGAAAUAAUAAAUACUCAAUAUGGGUAUCUCUACAUGCCCAGUACCGGUGCCCUCAUGCUACUGACAGCCCUACAUACCUGUGACCAGGUCAGUGCCUAUGGAUUUAUCACGGACAAUUACCGAAAGUUUUCAGACCACUACUACGAGCGGAAGAAGAAGCCUCUUGUGUUCUAUGCCAACCAUGACAUGCUGCUGGAGGCGGAGCUGUGGAAGAGCCUGCACAGGGCAGGCAUCAUGAAGCUGUAUCAGCGGUGAGGCUGGGUGGCAAGUCCCUUGGACUCCUGCUGUAACAAGUCAUCCUUCUCCUCUUCCCCAAGGGCUCCCUUCUCCCUGGCAGGGGCCAUCCAGAAUUCAUGGACAACGGGGGCAAACUGAGAGCUCACCCAAAGCCAGCCUUACACACUGGAGCAGAUGGAGAUUGCAUGAAUUGCAAGGCUGUCUUCUGCGAGCCAGGGGUGCUGCCUCGAAGAUUCUGCUCACAUGUUGCUGAGAUGGCAAAGCAAGUGUGGAGAGGUCUCCCUCCAGGGAACCUGCUGAUUGGCUCAAGACAACAGACCCUGCCUUUGUCCCAGAAAUGCCCUGGUUCCUCCCAUCCCAUCAAAUACUGACACCUGCAGGGAGCAACUUCUGACACUGGGAAAUGAAAAGGUUAUUUCAGAAGCAAUAAGUCUGAAUGUUUGAUGCGCAUCUCCCAAAGGAGCAUGAUGGCCCUGAGAGAAGAUGCUUGCUCACCAGCACGUUUCUCAUCACCUUCCUUUGAGUAUUACAUGCUGAGCACAGAGCUUGGAUGUGGAAAAUACCCAGCCUGCCGUUCCCACCUUUCCAUCACACACAAGGGUCUGCCAUAACCCUGAAGAGCCUAAUUUGUUGUGUUCAAAAUCCUUCAUGGUGGGACACAUCACAGCCACUAUCCUAUAGCUGAGGAGACCUGGAUGGAGCUUGUGGACAUUGCUCCUCAAUAGACUGAGUGGGUAGGUGAAAAGCAUUGUGGCUGGGCAGCCUUAACUGCAUGAAGGCCCCUAGAGCCACCACAUGCACAUACACUCCACUUUCCAGACAGAUCUCCCAUCACUAGCAGCAUACAGCAGAGGCUGACUGCACUCUCCAACCUGUGCUUCAGCAACACUCCUGGGGCUUUCACUCCACAAUGCCAUGUCAACAGAGGGUCUUAUUGACAGAUGAGGGUGGGGUUGUCACAGCUUAAUUAGCCCCUCCCUGCAGUAAAUUGGGGCAGGUGGACCUGAUCAAAUGGGAGGAGUUGGGUAGGACCCCAUGCAUUAUUUUGCAUUGCUAACCUAGGGGGCCUGUGUAUAUUCAGAGGAAGGCCUCCAGCCCUUGUGCAGAUGUAUGGAACCCACCCCUCCAUUACUUAAACUAAAUCCCCAUCAAGCUAAAUAAAAAACCCACCUAGCCAGCAGUAAGGAGGGAACAUUCUUUAACCCUGAAGCUACAUUUUGUAAGUUAAUUACAUGUAACUAGGAAGAGUAGAACAACAACAGGUUGGUUUUGUUCUACAGGGAGGUUGCAAUGACUAGUGAUGGAUGGAUGCUAAAGCACAAUGGAGGAGUGUAAUUUGAAACACUUUCCCACUUUGUAUAAUUGCAUAAAUGUUGAAUGAUCUUUUAUGUUUUCUUUUGUUGUUUUGGCUUGUGGUGGGGAAUGGGGGUAGACUAUGACUGGCACAGGCUAGCACUAAAAGCAGAGCAACAAUACAAUAUGUGGCUGGCCAUCAGAGGAUCGCAGGAGGUUAGAGGGGUUUGACUGGGGGGGGGGGGGUGUUGGUACUGCUGCAAUGAAUUUCUACACAGGAGGGGAGGGUGAACAGUUCUGAACUCCAUGAGCAACAAGUGCUGGCACAGGCUGAUGAAAGUGAUCCUAACGCGCACAGAGCCAGGGGCUCCAGCACCCCCUUGCUUUGCUCUGAGCCCAAGAAUUAACAUUUUAAAAAAUAGUUUAUUUGGCCCAGUCAUCCUUGUAGAACAGCAUUCAGCGCUGCAGACUAAAAGGGGAACAGCUAGGGUACAAGACUAGGUGUCAGGAUACCCAGAAACUCAACCUAGCUAUGCCACUGUGUCUGAUCUCAGUAUUGUAAGAUACAGAAAAUAGUGUUCUGACUGACUCAUUCCAUACCGGUAAAGCACAUACAUGUUAUCUGCAUUUAACAGAUGGGGGAACUGAGACAGACAUGAACUGUCCAAGUCCACAUCAGUGCCUAACAUGGAUGAUCUAGAACUUUUAGCUCGGUUAGGGAACAGUUUUACUACACCCUACUGGUGCAAGCAGGUCUCUUGCUUCUGUAGGGGUUGGUUAGUCAUGGAAGGCUAUAACCACAUCUGGAAAAAAGCCCCAGCGUGGAGGGUCUUACAUUCUCAAAACCCUGUAAAGUGCUGCAUGUUACUAGCUUUUUCUAUAGCCUAGUGAUGUAGCCUCUUUUAGUAAUGAGGGACUUGCCCUUCACCUUGCAGUCACAUAGUAUGGAGUCUGACAUAUCAUAGGUGAAAGGGCUGGUUGAACUCACUCAACUUUGGGUUUAGAACAUCACUAAAACUCAGACACUUGACAUUUUUGAUGAUUUAUUUCUGAAAGAUAAAACCUCCUUGGUCAACAGCUCUCCUUCUCCAGCCAGCCCUGCUGGGGGAAAACACAAAACAGGAGCUAGUCAGUAAAGAAAGAUAUUAACAAGCCCCUUUCUUCUGUGCUGUCAAAUGUAUUGCAAAAAAUCAGAGUAGGGAAAGUGGCCAAGCGCCAAGGACACAAAGGAGCCAUCCGUCUUAUUUUACCGGGAAUACAAAAGAUCAUUUGAGGAGGUUGGCAAGACUUAACUGAAAUGAUGGACAGAUCAGUUCUUGCUCUAUUACUGACUGGCAUGAUAAAGACCUGCACUUUAUCAGACGCAAGGUUGGUCCCGUCAUUGUCACAGCUAGUCUCACUG